AUGAGUAAAACGCGCAUUGUUAAUGAAAACCUUUUUAAUAUCAACAAAUUUCUUUCCGUAAACCUUCCUCCCAAUAUUUAUACUGUUCAAAAUUAUGCUUCAGCUAUUGAUGUAUCUAAUAUUUUUUCCAUUACUUUUAAUGCUCCUUUUGAAACUCUUCUUCCGUUAGCUAGAAUUGAUACUGCUGCUGAAAAGAUUCUUCAUCUUCAAUAUCCAUACUUAACUCCUGCAAUAGUUUUUUCUGAUGGAAAUUGCUUAUUAAAUUCUCUCUCUUUAAUUUUUACUGGAAACCAAACAUCUGCAUUACAAUUUAGAUUGGCCAUGGUUAUAGAAUUAAUGAAACAUGCAGAUUUCUAUCUUAGUCAAAAUUUUUUUGAAGAAGAUUAUUAUUUUUCUGAUGCAGCUUUAAAUUCAGCUAAAAGUAAUUCAAAUACACAAGUUACAUAUAAUAAAGAAAAAGAGUAUAUAAGUGAAAUUCUCUAUAUGUCUAAAUCACAUCAGUUUUGUUCAAUUAUUGGAAUUUAUGGAUUAGCAUCAGUAAUUCAAAGACCAAUAAUGUCAAUAUAUCCACCAACCAUUUUCCAAUUGAUUAGUACUUUAUAUCAUAAAUUAAUCGAGCCACGAAUUAAAGCUUAUGACGAAUAUAUUACAAUAAUGUGGACAUCUUCAAAUGGAAAAUAG